AUGAACUUGAGAUUUAGGAUUUUAGGGUUCUGCAAAUCGGUGUGCCUCUCUAAUACUCCCUCAGGCAAUUUUUUGCAGGGUCUUUUUCUUGGGACUGUUGGGUGCUUGAUUGAUUCAUGUCAUUCUUGCGACAAUUGCACCCAGGACUUGGAGAAUUACUACCCCAAACUUAUCCAACUUAUCCUUACAUACAAUUCUCUUUUCUACAACGGCUCAACAACCUUUGGUGGGUUCUCUGAUAAGGUCGUCGUCGACCAUCACUAUGUGCUUCAUUUCCCCAACAACCUGCUUCUUGAUGCAGCUUCACCAUUGCUUUGUGCUGGGAUUACUGUUUACAAUCCCAUGAAGUAUUUUGGCUUCAGUGAACCAGGAAAGCACCUGGGUGUGGUUGGCCUUGGUGGACUUGGUCAUAUGGCCGUCAAGUUUGGUAAUGCUUUUGGAAUUAAGGUUUUGGUGAUCAGCACGUCGGCUAGUAAGCAGAAGGAAGUGCUUGAGCGACUGGGUGCCGACUCCUUCUUGGUUAGCCGUGAUCCUGAUCAAAUACAGGCCACAAUGGGUACCCUGGAUGGUAUCCUCGACACAGUCCUUUUCUGGUGA